AACAUAGUAGUGCCUUUAAGAAUAUGGUGACAUUUAUUUCACUUUGUACAUUUUGAUAGUUGGUGGACAAGUUUACGAUUUAUUAAAAACAAUAUAAUUAUUACAAGAUUUCUACCAAUUAAGGAAUUUUGUAAUGACGUUAAAGUGAAUUGUGUUGAGAAUUGUUUAUUCAAAUAUAAUUUUAAAUAAUUAAAAAAAAAGUGAUUAAAUUAGCGUGUUUAAAAAAUAAAAAAUAAAACAUGGAAGCAGAAGUGUGUUCGUCUUCGACACAUUCUCCAGCUCCAGAUGCAUCUACGAAACCAGAAAGGGCCAAAUUACAAUUGUCAUCAAGUCCACCACCAAAUUGUGCAAUAUGCCUUUCAGAUUGCGAUAAUAAAAGUUUUACUGAUCGAUGUAUGCAUCAAUUUUGUUUCGCCUGUCUAUUGAGAUGGUCAAAGGUGAAAGCAGAAUGCCCUUUAUGCAAGCAGCCAUUCAAGUCAAUUAUACAUACAGUGCGUUCCAACAGUGAUUAUGAAGAGUUAGCAAUUUUAUCAGCUCAGCCACCAACUGAAGAUCAUAAUCAUGAAGACAUUUCUGUUGAUUUUGAACAGCAUUAUUAUUUACCAACUGUUUCACAACCACCAAGGCAAAGACGUUUUCAAUAUAGAACAACUCUUUAUUUGGAUCCCCAUGAAGACAUUGCUAUUCAACAAAUGCUUAUGUCCCAUCCACUCACCAAUACGUUAUUAAUGCCACGGCGCAGACUUACACGUUUAAUUGGAAGUCCAAGACCAGCUAAUUCUUUAGAUUUUCGUCAUGCUAUUUACCAGCAUAAUUGGUGGGUAAAUCCUGUAUCAACAGCAGAUAUCACAGGACGUUAUCGUGAAUGUUCACCUCAAUUCUAUAGAGAUAAUCCAGCUCAACGAAAUCGAAUUGGGCCAUGGUUGGCACGCGAAUUGAAUGCACUUUUAAAUGAAAAUGGUCCACAUUGCUUAUAUGUUAUGUCCAUCAUAAACAGUUUACUUAUAGAAUACCACGUAACAAGUCAUGAAUUCAAGCAGAGAAUAGCACCCUAUUUUGGUGAUAAAACAGAUCAUUUUAUCCAUGAAUUUUAUUGGUUCUUACGUUCACCCUACGACAUGAUUGGUUAUGAUCGAAAUUUACAAUAUACACAACGCAUUCAAAAUAUUGAAUUAGGUUCGAGUAGCAGUUCAUCGGAUAGUGACAGUGAUGUACAAGUGAUUAAUACACAACCCGUUAGCAUUACGAUUUCAACCCCACCACCAGUAACAUUUGAUUCUAAUGACGUAAUAGUUUUAUCUGAUUCAGACAGUGAUGAUUCGGAUGUAAUAUACCGAGAACCUACACCACCACCAGUAGUUACAAUUACUGAUUCUGAAGGCCCCGAUGAUAAUGAGCCAAGUGUUCCACAAAUUAAUGACAACAUACCCAUUAUAGAAACAUCAAAUUCAGCUGAAAUCGAAUACAAGAAAGAGAAUUUAUCUGAUACUGAUUCAACUCCAUCAAAUGUUGAUAAAACCACAGUUGGAAAUAAUGAUAUAAAUGUGGCAUCAACAACAAAAAUUGAAUCAAUUGAUCCUGAAGCUACAAUCAGUAGUGAUUCAUCAACUUCAAGUUCAGCGAAUGACAUCAAAGUGAAAAAAAAUCAUAGUGGUAGUGAAAGUAGCUAUAAAAUGGAUGUUAAAUUUAGUUAUAAAUUAAAAUUAAAAAACAAUCAUAAAGCAAGACGACCUAAAUUAAGAAAAUAUUCAUCGGAUUCAUCGACUAACGAUAAUAAUACAUCAUCAUCAUCCGAUACAGAAAGCAGCAACACAUCAAAAUCAACAAAUACAUCAUUAGAAAAGAAGAAAGUGAAACGAAAACGUAGAAAAAGUAUCACAUCAAAUUCAAGUGGUAAAAGUGAUCAGCAACCUUCGACUGCUGAUCGUAGACGAUCAUAUACAUUCCGUAAAAAGCGACGUUUACAAACCGUUAUCCUAACAAGCAGCGAAGAUGAAUCUGAUCAUGAGAAUAGCAAUAAUAAUUUACCAAGUACUUCAUUUGGAAAUAAUAACAAUUCAUCGCCAAACAGUUACCUCAAGUAUGAUGAUUCAAUUGUGAGUGGUGCGAGUUCAUCAAGUAGUCAUCCACGUUUACGUAGUGUUAUUAUGAAACCAAAUUAUAAUCGCUGUUAUAAUCGUGCUGGUGUUUUCUCUUCAAGUUCUGAUGAUGAUUAACAUUAACAUUUUAUAUUCAAUUUCUUUUGUCCAGUAAAUCGGUAGUUGCAUGUUGAAAAUAUUCAAGUAGUCGAUUCUUUGUUUUUUGGAGUGCUGAUUUUGAAUCUGAAACUUACUAACAGAAGUUUCCAAUUCAUUCCGAGCUUUCAGUUUAUAUUUUAUCGAAAAUAUCAUUAUAUACAAAGUUAAAAUAAGCAAAAUUUACUAUAUAGUACUAUAUAGUUUGAUUGUCCGUCGGGUGGAAACUUGCGAUACAAACAAAAUCAAAGGCAAAAAUAUCCCUACUUUAACACCCCAAAGAUUCGUUUAAGCAUUGGAAUGCCCAUAGUUUUUCUGAUUAGAGCGAAAAACUAUCCAUUACAAUGAUGCUUUGAUAGCCCUGCACGAAUUAUCGGGGAGGGGUAUUAAAUCCAUAAUAGAAAAACAAUUUGUAUUCAACAAAUUCAUAUUGAAUAAUCCGAAAAAUAUAAAUAAAUGUAGCGACUACUUAAAUUUUAUCAAAGUUAGGGACUUUAUGCUGCCGAUUUAAUUGACAAUAUUCAUUCUUGAUAUUAUAUUCGUUCGAUUUUGGUUGUACAUAAUUACAAUGGAUACGAUUUGCAUAAAU